AUGGCAGCCCCUUCAACAUCAGCGUUUCGUCCGCCGCGCAAGUUCUCAGUAACGGCAGGCCCAACUCCUUACUCGACAUCGACCGUCCCGAUGCCCCCCUCCAUCCACUCGUCCUCAUCCGCCUACACAGCGCAGGCACAGCACAACUCGCUCCCAGCCUCGGGCGCAUCCAGCCGUAACGGCUCGACGUCAGAUGGAGGCAUCGGCUCAUCCUUCAUCGGUGGGGCGCCGGGCGCGCCAGUCGCAGCCAAUACAAUCGCCAACAAGCCAGCAGUAGCCGGGUCCGGGCUUUACCAGUCUUGCGUGAUAUUGAGGGAGAGGUUGUGGUGUGUGCCAGAGUUUGGCGAGAGAUAUCUGGCAGAGGGGGCUGCGAGCUCGUCGACAGCGCCGCCCUCGUCCAACGACCCCGUCACCCAACUCUUCGACGUCUUCCGCCAAGGCACACCACUUUGCGAGCUCUACAACCUGUUGGAGCCGGCGACGAGACUGCCAACCGACGUGGGAGACGCAGUCAACAGCACCAAUGCCUGCAAGAAGCUCGUCGCCCGCUUCAUCAUUGCGAUGCAGAGCGAAAUGGGAGUGGACCCGGACGAGAUGUUUACGGUCAUGCAGGUGUACCGCGAGAAUACCAACGAUUGGGUUCAGGUCGUGCGCGUCGUCGGCCGCCUGCUCGACCAGCUCGAGGCCCGCGGCAUUCUCGUAGAGUCAGAGCGACCCAGACACAGCGAAGACGUAGGCAAGCCAAGCGACGAGCGUGCAUGGAUCGUUCGCGAGCUCCUCGAGUCCGAACGCAAGUACGUCCAGGACCUCGAAGUUCUCCAGAAUUGCGCCCGAGCCCUCCAGCAGAACGACAUCCUGUCAGCCGACCGCCUCCACGAUCUAUUCAGCAACCUCAACAACCUCGUAGACUUCCAGCGUCGCUGCCUCAUCAACCUCGAAGACAACGCGCGCAGGCCGCCUGAUGAGCAGCGCUUCGGUCGUGCUUUCCAGAUGCUCGAGUCCAACUUUGACGUCUACUGGCCAUUCUGCGCCAACUACGCUAGAGCGCUGGAGGUGAUUUCGCAAGAGAGUGCCAAUAUUCAACGCCUACGCGGCCUUCCCGCAGCAGAGGGCUGCUAUCUCGACCCGGCGUAUGAGCUGCCAGCCUUCUUGAUCAAGCCGGUGCAGCGCAUCUGCAAAUACCCGCUCCUCCUCGAGCAGCUGCUGAAAAAGUCAGAUCCCAGCGGCCCUUACUACGAAGAGCUCAAGGAGGGUCUUGCGAUCGUGCAAAAAGGGGCGGCGCAGGUCAACGAGGUGCGCCGAGUGCAGGAGAACAAGCAGCUCGUCGCAGAGCUCGAGGGACGCGUAGAAGACUGGAAGGGACACCACGUUGCGACGUUUGGCAAUCUUCUCCUCACAGAGACUUUCAUGGUCGCAAAGGGCGAGACGGAGCGCGAGUACCAAGUGUACCUCUUCGAGCGCAUCUUGCUCUGCUGCAAGGAGCUCGUCCCGAAUCUGGGCAAAAAGAACUCCAAGUCCAACUCGCUGCUCAAGCAGCGCACCAACUCGAUUGGCGCGCCAAAGAAGGCCAAGACGACACUCCAGCUCAAGGGCCGCAUCUUCAUCAACAACGUCACUGCUGCCAUCCCCGACUCCAUCCCCUCGCAGUUCGGCGGGAUUGGCUCCCACUCCCUCGCCGUGCAGUGGAAGGGAGACCUCGAACUCGAAGCCUUCUCGCUGCGCUGCAAGAAUGAGGAGCAGCUCAAGCUUUGGCAGUCGACGAUCCAGAAGCUCAUCGAGGAGGCGCAGCUGCGCAGGCAGCAGGGUGGCAACUCGGCGGCCUUCUACUCAGGCGCCUCAUCGCCCGUCAACAUGGCUGGCGCGGGAGCCAAUGGACGACGCAAUACCGGUCCCUCUGCGAGUCUGUUCCCGCAGACACCAAUCUACGAGGGGAGCUACGUAUAUCCCUUCUCGCGCACUCCUGCCUUGUCGAGCGAUGAUGCGUCAGACCCAGUGAGCGAGGCGACGGUGGGCAUGAGCGGGCUCUACUCGUCGAAUGGGCGAGGUACGCCAUCGGGGAACGGCCGCUACUCUCAGCCAGCCGAGCACAGGGAACGCCAGCUCUCACUGACCUCCAACGACGGAAAACCACGCGCAAUGACCGAGGAUCACGAGUCAGCCACGCUCCAGCAGUGGCGAUCGCAUUCGCCCUCAGUGGCCCCACCUCUCCCCCGCCAGGCGUCCAGCAGCAGCGCGAGCAGCAGCAGCGAGCAGCAGCACGCCCUGCGCAAGGCCUCGAGCAGCAGGCAGUUGCGCCAGAAUGCCUCGCGUCCCCCGCUGCGUCACAUCGUCACUGGCGACCCAAUGAGCGACGUCGACGGCGCAAUGACACCUCCCUCUGCAGGAUACCACGGCAUGGACCCGACCGUUCACCCGACCGUGGCCAGGCAUCGCGGCGAGAGCAAUGCGAGCGCCCACUACGCCGGUGGGGCGAGCAUGGGUCGCGCGCACUCGGACAGCGGGUCCAGCCAGCAAAUGGCGCGCAAUCGCUCUGCAAGCACGUCUCAGGUUGCGCCGCCCUACCAGCAGCAAUUCAGCAACGCUCCGCCUGUGCCGCAGCAGCAGUUGCGCAUCAACACUGCAGGGAACACGCGCACGCACAACGGCUACCCAAUUGCAGGCUCGGCUGGCGGACAAGGGCCGAAGAGACUGAGCAGCUCGAGCAACUCGACGCUUGACUCGAAUCACUCGGGAGCGUCACAACUGGGCUCUACGGCCACCUCCUCGCCCUUGACCAUGAGCGGAGGAAGCUCGAAUGGCGGAGCGAAUGCAGCCGCAGCCGCAGCCGCGAUCAAGGCAGGAAUUGCCGGCGGCAUGCCUGCCGUCCCGCAAAGGAACGGCUCUCAUCAGCACGGACACGCGCAUCACGCUCAGCUUCAAGGGGUUGGGAUUGGGCGCACCAGCUCCCCCUCUGUUUCGUCCAACGGCACGGGCACGCCUACUGGGAGCAUCUCCGGCCCCAGCUCCGGCAGCCAAAACGUUGUUCGAGUGCGCGUCCACUUUGCCGGGGAAGUCGCCUUCCUUGCCGUCCUGGCCAACAUCUCUUUUCCCGCUCUCCUCGAAAAGGUUGCGAUCAAAGUCAAGGGCACGGGAGCCGCAGCGCCGGCGAUUAAGCUGCGUUACUUGGAUGAAGAUGGGGACCGCGUCGCCAUGCAGGACGAUGAUGAUGUGCAGAUGGCGGUGGAGCAGAGUCGCGUGACCGGGGAGGAGGUCGUAUUGCAUGUACUUUGA